AUGUCGGCUCGGUGCUCAUACUGUGCCAAUUUGUCCUUCAGAUACCUGAUCGAGCUUGCAAAGGAAGAGUUUCAGGCUCAUCUUUUCCCCCAAAGAGCUUACUACCAGCACCAUCCUUCGUUUAACAGUCUCGAGGUUUCGGCAGCACGCGGUUGCGACCUCUGCGCCCUAAUUCUGGACUGCUUCAAACGAAGUUCGCCAUACACUACUCCUGGUUUGUGGCCAGAGACGUGGCUAGCUGCUAAUGUGGACGAAGGAAAGUCCAUGUACAGCGCCGCGAAGCAAUUAAACCAAUCUGACAUUAAGAUUGCUCUCAACUCAUCGCAUCCUUAUUUUGCAGAGGAUAUACGGAGUGUCCAGGUCUUCGAUUCUCUGCUCAUACAGGUUGGGGAGAUCGAAAGUCCGGAUGAUGCCGAGCACGUUGACGAGGAGCAAUAUCCUUUACCUUCGCUGUCACUAACUUUGAGCACGCCUCGGGAUUAUCGUAUUGGACGCUAUCAAGUCGACUAUGACUUACGUUCAGAUUAUAAUUUCAACAUCGCUCGAUCGUGGUUGCAACAGUGCCAGAGCUCUCACCACACCUGCCAACCCAAGAUGGCUCCCAUCUUGCCUACUAGAAUAGUUGAUGUAGGCCAAGAUGAUCGCGACGAUCAGCCAGCAAAGAUUGUUCUCGGAUGUGGCCAAAGAGCCGAGUACCUUGCGCUCAGUCAUUGCUGGGGUGGAAAGAAUUCUUGCUCUCUGGAUUCGACGACACUUCUUGACUUCCAAAAGGCCAUUCCUUGGGCAAUACUACCGCGCAAUUUCCAAGAUGCAAUCAUCAUAACGCGACGGCUCGGAUUUAGAUUUCUCUGGAUCGAUUCUCUAUGCAUCCUGCAAGAUUCGAAGCUAGACUGGGCUCGGGAGUCAAAGAAGAUGGACUCGAUAUAUAAACUGGCCACCCUGACAAUCUCGGCAAUGGCGUCAUCAGAGAGUAAUGAGGGGAUACUCAAGCACCAUAGAAGGCAUGAAGAUCCACAACCAGUAAUAUUCACCACCUCCUGUGACGAAGGAGUUUUGAGUGAUGUCAUGAUCGCAAGAACCGAACAUGAGCUGGAGACCUUGCGGUCUCUGGAUAUUCGAUGUCCGCUUAGUCGUAGAGGUUGGACGCUUCAGGAAUUGGUAUUAUCCGAGCGCCACCUUUUUUUCGGAAAGCAACACAUAUAUUGGAAAUGCUUGGAAGGAUAUCAAUGUCCUGAUGGCCUUCCGUCAGGCAGUCGAACAGCGGACAAUGCCUGGAACCUGACUGCCAUUACCACUCGCCAAAAUCGAUUUGGUUCGCCUACAGCCAUUGAACACGCAAGCUUGCUCCACGAGUGGUAUGAGCUUGUAACUGCUUACUCCUCUAGACAGCUCACGUUUGAUUCGGAUAAGCUCCCUGCGCUAUCCGGUUUGGCAAACCGCUUCCAUAGAUACUUCGGCGGAGUGUAUCUUGCCGGUAUUUGGAGCUGCGACAUUAUACGUGGUUUGAUCUGGAGUUCUGAACUAGGAUCCUGCCCUCAUGUAAAACCUUUUAGAGCACCAUCUUGGUCCUGGGCUGUGACAAACAUGCCUAUACUAUACAAUCACGGGCCAGAGCAUGCAGGCGACGAAGAUCUUCAGAUCAUUGAUCACAAAAUCACGCUAUGCGAUUCAGGUAACCCGUAUGGAGAGAUUCUCGAGGCAGAGCUUAUAGUGAAAGGAAGGACUGUGCCCUUGAUUCGUAGUAGACAAACUGUCCAUUCUUGGCAGGCCUCCUGCUACACAGGAAGUGUAUCAUUCGAUGAACCCUCCCCUGAAGGAAUUGAAGAGAGGCAGGACGAACUGGUAUUCUUUACGUAUGGUGCUGAGAGUAGGCUCUUAGCGGUACAAAGCGCUCCUGGCAAUGAAUACGUGUGGGAGCCUGACCAAGCCUGCUUCCACACUGUUGAGUAUCUAGCUCUUCUCGUUCAUGCUGAUUUUAGUUCUCGUGUCUCAAUGGGAUUGGUCCUUAAGAUUGUUGACGAGAAACACGAUAUCUUUGAGAGAGUUGGCUUUUUCAGUAUUGAUUGCGAGUUCGACCAGAUUUCACUUUGGAAACACAAACAACUCAGAUUGGUCUAAGAUGGAUAAACAAUGUGUGUUGUCCUAAUAACCAUCCUUUUGCCACUUUCACUAAAGUUACUUGAUUGAAAAGCUGAAAAAAAAAUCACCACAGCAGAACACAAAACUCAACUCAUUGCCUUAGGCCCAGCAUUCAAC